UGAAGAAUGGCUCUGCAGACCCAGGACGCCAUUAUGCUGGAAAUCAGAAUUCUGAAUGCUCCUUAAAGGAAGGAAGUAUUUUAGAGAACAUCUAGGGAACAGAUCUUCAGAGAAGGAAAGCACCUUCUUAGAUGCAAGUUAGUCUAACAGAUUUAAUUCACGAUUAUUUACCCAAAGCAUCUAGGUGGACUGUACAAUGAGGUGAAGGAACUGCACCUUCUGGACCUGGUCUGAACAAUGGAGACUGCACUAGCAACGACGCUGCACAAACGGCAAGUUAUUUUUCUUGCUAUGCUGUUGUUUUUCUGGGGGGCUGGCUCUGAGGCAAUUAGGUAUUCGGUGCCAGAAGAAACAGAAAGUGGCUACCUUGUGGCCAACCUGGCAGAAGAUCUGGGGCUCAGGGUGGGGGAACUGGCCACUCGAGGCGCGCGAAUCCAUUACAAAGGAAACAAACAGCUCUUGCAGCUGGAUGUAAAGACCGGCAAUUUACUUCUACAUGAAAAGCUAGACCGGGAGGGGCUGUGCGGGGCGACAGAACCCUGUGUGUUGCAUUUCCAACUGUUACUGGAAAACCCGGUGCAGUUUUUCCAAGGCGAUCUGCAACUCACAGAUAUAAAUGACCAUUCUCCAGAGUUCUUAGAGGAGGAAAUGCUCCUUAAAAUCCCAGAGAGCGCCCAGCCAGGGACUGUGUUUCCUUUGAAAAUAGCCCAGGACUUUGAUGUAGGGAGCAACACUGUUCAGAACUACACAAUCAGCCCCAACUCCCAUUUUCAUGUGGUUACUCAUAAUCGCGGAGAUGGGAGAAAAUAUCCAGAGCUGGUGCUGGAUAAAGCGCUGGAUCGGGAGGAUCAGCCCGAGUUCAGUUUAACACUCAUGGCGCUGGAUGGUGGGGUUCCGCCCAGCUCCGGGACCGCCAUAAUCCUCGUUGAAGUCGUGGACAUCAAUGAUAACGCUCCUGAAUUUUUACAGUCGCUCUAUGAAGUACAGAUUCCUGAGAACAGUCCCCUUAAUUCUUUGGUUGCCGUCGUCUCCGCCCGAGAUUUAGAUGCGGGAACGUAUGGGAGUGUAAUCUACGCUCUAUUCCAAGGCAAUGCCUUUACGGAACCAUUUGUAAUAGACGGAAGAACAGGAGAGAUUCAUCUGAAAAGAACAUUAGAUUUUGAGGUAACUCGGUAUUAUAACGUAGAAAUUUCAGCUACAGAUGGUGGAGGACUUUCAGGAAAAUGCACUGUAGCUAUAGAGGUGUUGGAUGUGAAUGACAACGCCCCUGAACUGACCAUGUCCACGCUCAGCAGAUCCAUCCCAGAAAACUCUCCAGAGACUGUGGUUGCCAUUUUCAGUGUUUCUGAUGCAGAUUCCGGGAACAACGGAAAGAUGGUUUGUUCUAUUCCAGACAAGCUGCCCUUUGUUCUGAAACCGACUUUUAUGAAUUUCUAUACCUUGGUGACAGAGAGCCCACUGGACAGAGAGACCAGCGCCGAGUACAACAUCACCAUCACGGUCACCGACUUGGGGACACCCAGGCUCAAAACCCAGCACAACAUAACCGUGCAGGUCUCCGACGUCAACGACAACGCCCCGACCUUCACCCAAACCUCCUACACCCUGUGGGUCCCCGAGAACAACAGCCCCGCCCUGUACAUCGGCACCAUCAGCGCCACAGACAGAGACUCAGGCACCAACGCCCAGGUCACCUACUCCCUGCUGCCGCCGCCGCCGCCACCGCCCCGAGACCCGCACCCGGGCUUCGCCUCGCUCGUGUCCAUCAACGCCGACACCGGGCAGCUGUUCGCGCUGCGCGCGCUGGACUACGAGACCCUGCGCGCCUUCGAGUUCCGCGUGGGCGCCGCCGACCGAGGCUCGCCCGCGCUCAGCAGCGAGGCGCUCGUGCGCGUGCGCGUGCUGGACGCCAACGACAACGCGCCCUUCGUGCUCUACCCGCCGCACAACGCGUCCGCGCCCUGCACAGAGCUGCUGCCCCGCGCCGCCGACGCCGGCUACCUGCUCACCAAGGUGGUGGCGGUGGACGCAGACGCCGGCCAGAACGCCUGGCUGUCCUACCAGCUGCUCAAGGCCACCGAGCCCGGGCUGUUCAGCGUGUGGGCGCACAACGGCGAGGUGCGCACCGCCAGGCCUCUGGGAGAGCGCGACGCGCCCAGGCACAGGCUGCUGCUGCUGGUCAGGGACAAUGGCGAGCCGCCGCUGUCGGCCAGCGUCACGCUGCACGUGCUGCUGGUGGACGGCUUCUCGCAGCCCUACCUGCCGCUGCCGGGGGCGGCGCCCGAGCGCGUGCCGGCCGACCCGCUCACCGUCCACCUGGUCGUCGCGCUGGCCUCGGUGUCCUCGCUCUUCCUCUUCUCGGUGCUGCUCUUCGUGGCGCUGCGGCUGUGCAGGAGGAGCGGGCCGGCCGCGCUGGGUCGGGGCUCGGCGCCCGAGAGCCCCUUCCCGGGCCCCCUGGGGGACGACAGCGGCACGGGGACCCUGUCCCACAGCUACCGCUAUGAGGUGUGUCUCACUGGAGGCCCUGGGACAAAUGAGUUCAAAUUCCUCAAGCCAUUAUUCCCCAACCUCCCGCCCCAGGCUUUUGGGGAAGAAACAGAAGCAAAUGCUAUUGUCCGUAAUAGUUUUGGGUUCCAAUAGCGAUCUGAUGAUGAUGCAGUGUUUUCUGCCAUUUAUCCCUAAAGUACUUAGAUAUAGAAAUGUUGUGGAUAAACAUUUCGCCUUCAGAUAUAGCCUGGAUUUUUCUUUUGUAAUGGAUUUUCCGUUGAAUUUUAUCUUGAGCAGUUUACAAAAUUAUACUUUUUAUUGUGAUGCUAGGGAUAGA